UUGGAUUUUUUCAACACCAAUUCCAAUGAAUACAGCGUGAUUUUCACACCUGGCUGCACAGCUGCACUCAAACUACUCAGCGAAACGUUUGAUUUUACAAAUGGCGUCUGCCAGGCUACCGUAUCAAGUCGAUGCCAGUCAAGCGCAGCAGGCAUCAAGAAGCCUAAUGCUGGCCAACCUGCGUCUGAGAGGAGAUUUCCUGAAAACAUGAAGAAUACCAAGCUUCACAUAGUAAGGGAGGAUGCAUCACCAUGGCAACACAGGGCUUCUGGUCUGACAGAAGUACCAAGUUUAUUGAGGCCUCAUGAAGAUAGAGGUCAAGAUGGAGAUACCAACAUUUUCUUGACAGACGACCUCCAAGAUUCUCAACAGGAUAUGACCAAUCAAAAAGCCUCUCUGGUCAAGAGCGGGAUUGUAAAGAAGCCGUCUGUUUGCGCUGGUUAUACUUGUUCUCAGCAUGUUCAAAGUGAUGGCUGUAAUACCUCUGGCGCCAGUGAUGAAUUACGCAGUGAUGACAAGACCAUAUCAAAGCCGAAAGAGGGCCCUACGCACAGGUGUGAGAUAGCAAGCACCAUCUCCACUACAGAUCAGAGUUAUAACAGGAAACUUGAAUUAUCUGAUUUGAUUUACUCAGGACCAGAAGGAAAUAUUGAUUGUAAAUUGGAGUCCUCAGAUUUGCUACCUAAUGUAAACUCUGAUCAGAGCCAUGCGGUAGAUCUUGAAUCAAAAGUCAGUAGUUUGAGGGAGGGUAGCUCAGAAUCCAGACAGACUUUUAAUGAAGAGCCGGAGGAAACUGUAGCUCUUGAACCAACCAUGAGCGAUAUCAAACUAGUUGAAAACCCCAUUAGAACUGAGGCAAUGCCAAUUUCCGGGGAAGAGUGCCAAAAGGUCACAAGCACUUGUUCAUUAGAAAGAAGCAGCAAGUCCGUUUUGCUGCAGACAUCCUCACAACAUGGGGUAGGCAUACCUGGAAAGUCAAGGAUUAUUAGCGAAGAUAAGGUAUCAAAUGAACAGGUGUCCCAAGGUGUUAUGCACUCAGACUCCCGGGGUACACCUGGGGAUCAGGUUAUGAAUCUAUCCCAGCAUGCAACAGCAGAUUUCGGGGUGACCCAGUGGGGCUGCUUCUGCUAUCUUGCCCAAAAUCACACCUCCGUCAUAGGAAUGCGGGAGAUUGUUGCAGAGCGAGGGGCACAUCUCUUGUGUGUCAGUGAGAAGGAACUUUUGAAGCCGGCUAGUAAAACAUCCCAAAAUGGCAACAUGUCUGCUCAUAAAACUGUCACCGUAACUACUCAAAGGAAUGCACCCAACUGUUUAUUUGCAUACCCUGCCCAGUGUAACUUUUCAGGGAGGAAGUAUCCGUUAGUGUGGUUGGAUAAAAUAAAGAAUGGUGAAUUAGAACUGACAGAACACCACCCUGGCAACUGGUUCACUGUUUUAGAUGCAGCCUCAUUUGUGAGCACUUCCAAGUUAGACCUCCAACUACACAGCCCUGAUUUUGUCACCUUGUCAUUUUACAAAAUAUUUGGCUUUCCUACUGGUAUAGGUGCUCUCCUGGUCAAGAACACAUCUGCCCACACCCUGGACAAGAGAUAUUUUGGUGGCGGUACAGUGGCUAUGAGUCUGCCUGGAGAGAGAACACAUGCCAUCAGCCCUGAUCUAGCUCAAAGAUUUGAAGAUGGCACUGUCCCAUUCCUGGACAUUAUAGCCCUAAGACAUGGAUUUGAUGCCUUAGAUAAACUAACAGGUGGAAUGGACGUAGUGUCCAGUCACGUCUUCUCUCUGGCUAGGUACGUCCACCACCGUCUUGUCUCCUAUCGCCAUGGCAACGGGACCCCAGUUGCCAAGCUCUACUCAGACAUGGACUAUGAAGAUAUCGACGCACAGGGCGGGAUUGUUAAUUUCAAUCUCCUCCGAGCUAAUGGUGACUAUGUGGGAUUUGCCGAGGUUAAUAAAAUGGCUCAGCUGUAUAACAUAGAGAUCAGAACAGGCUGUUUCUGUAACAUUGGUGCUUGUCAGUACUACCUGAACCUGACAUCUGCUCAAAUAAAGGACAAUUACCAGUCUGGUCAUGUGUGUGGGGAUGACAAAGAUCUAAUCAAUGGAGUCCCUACAGGUAGUGUUCGGAUCUCUUUCGGGUACAUGUCAACAUUUCGUGAUGCAAGAAAAUUCCUGGACUUCAUCGAAAAUUGCUUUGUUGAGGCUGAACCACAAAUGGUGCCAAUAAAUUGUGGAAGUGGCCAUCAGGGGAUGUUACGAAAUAAUAGCAAUCCCAGCCAAAACGGGGAUCUCCCACCAGCAGAAUUCUCCCCUUCACUUAACAAUCAAAAUGAAUCUUCAGUAAUUGGUGCUACAUCUGAUUGUGAUAGGCUCUAUGCGGGUAAACAAAAAGUAUUGGGACAAAAUAACGAUCAGUCAUUUCUCUGUGAUAAACCAAUUGAUAAAACAAAAUCUCUAGUCUUUUCUGAGGAAAUACCCAAAAGUCAGCCUUUACAGCAAGCAGGGUCAAAUUCUACUGCACUGGAAUAUACAAAUGCAUCUUUUAGGUCAAGUUCCCCUUUACAGGACUUUAUUGUAAAUGACAAAGUGCAAUCUAACACUAGCCUGUCCACUGGGGAAAAUGAGAAGGACUUAUUGGCAACCAAGAGUGGUGUUGUAGACAGACAGCUUGUAGUACCUGUGUUGGGUUGCAUGGAGAUGACUCUGAAAUUAUCCACCGAUACAGAGCAAACCGAAAGGGAAAAAAAUGAGUCCUCUUCCCUCGACCCUGUAUUACUAACUAUUUCUGAAAGGAACAGUUCCAGGGUAGAGGCAGUUCCAGAUUUCUCAGAUGGAGAAGAUGGACCCAACAAGAUUCUGAAACGUAUCUUCUUGUAUCCUGUGAAAUCCUGUGCAGCAUAUGAGGUAUCUGAGUGGGAGAUAGGGCCCAAGGGGUUUCUCUAUGACAGGCACUGGAUGAUUGUAUCAGAGAGUGGAGUGUGUCUAAGCCAAAAGAGGGAGACCAAGUUGUGCCUCAUUAAACCAAAAAUUCUGCUCCAUGAAGAAGUGCUUGUUCUUAAUUUUCCAGGUCUCCCAUCAGUAAGAGUUCCACUCAUCCAAAGUGACUCCAACACAGUAGACUUGAAAAUGUGCCAUAGUAAAGUUUGUGGAGACAGAAUUGAAGGCCUAGAUUGUGGAGAGAAGGCAGCUCACUGGCUAGCACAGGCUCUGGGUAAACCAGGUUGUCGACUUAUACAGCAGUAUUCUGAGGACACAAGGACUUCAAAAUUACUUCAAGAAGAUGGUGCUGGUGAUGCUCAGCUUUCCUUGGCCAAUGAGUCCCAGUUUCUCCUGAUCAACAGAAACAGUGUUUUGGAUCUUAUGGACAAGGUUGCAGAGAGAAAUCUGUACAGUUUGGACAGUGCAGUAAGAACAACUGAAGUACAUGAUGUUGAAGCUUAUGUCUCUCGCUUCCGUGCUAACUUGGUGGUGGAUGGAGUAGAAGCUUUCCAAGAAGAUGAUUGGACAAAAGUUCAAAUAGGGCAGCAUGUGUUCCUGAGCCAAGGUUUAUGCAGCAGGUGCCAGAUGGUUUGUGUGGACCAGAAGACAGGAAACCGGUCCAAAGAACCACUGAGGACACUUGCCACAUUCAGAGGAAGAAAGAUUCCUUUUGGGAUUCAUCUGCAGCACCAGCCUAACCAGUACCAAAGUCUCACUGUGAAGAUAGGAGACCCAGUGUUACCAUCAGUGUCACUGUGAAGAUAGGAGACCCAGUGUUACCAUCAGUGUCACUGUGAAGAUAGGAGACCUAGUGUGUUAUUAAAAGGCUGAUACUAUAACUGAUACAUUGGUGAAUAGUGCUAUCUUUCAUAAUAGCACUGAGGAAGUGUGAAUUAGCUUUGUGAGGUUUAGCUACCAUUUUGUGUAGAAAGUGAAAAGUUUAACUUAGGAUCAUUAUGAGAAGACUGAAAUAAUAUAUGAAAUGUUUAAUUUUGAAAAUUUUGUGCAUAAUAUAAUAAAACAUGACUAUAUAAAAUCUCCAUCAGUGUUAUUUUUUCUUUGAUGACAUAAUAUUAUAUAUAGUGCAUAACAUUCUUCACGUGAAAAUUUCCAAUAAAUGCAUUACAAGGUUUUUGAGACGCCGAGAUCCCAUGGCAAAGUUUCAGUUUCAUCUUUUCUAUCAGAGGUACCAAUGACUCGAUCCUUUAUUAGCUUCCGUGCUAGUAAGAUGCUACAGUGACAAGCAACCAAGAAUUGCUACUAAGUUUAUAUGCAUUCUAGACACUGAAAAUGAGGAAUUACGCGAAGGCAAUUGCGACGGUAUUAACUCUUGCGGUCGCAAAUUGCGAUGCUAGCAAGAAAGGCAAUAGCGCCGAAUCGCAGAUUUUGAGAUGCUUUCGAACAUGCGAGCCCAGGUUUAAUUUCCAACGAAUGAUGCAACGUGUAUGUAUGAUUUUAAUAAAAGUCCUAGGGCAUGUAAACAGAAAAGAUAUAUGUCGUUUGUACUGUGGUGUGUUUAAUUAUCUACUUAAAAAUUGCGAGACAAUAAGAAAUGCAAUAUGAAACUAACUUUUUGUGGCAAAAAUGCAACUUUAAAAAAAAAUUCUUAUCGAAACGCACUGAAAACACCUUGCUCGGUAAAGUAAGUGCUUUUUACUCUUUAUUUCCUAUUGACAUUGA